AUGAUGUUGCAUCGCCAGAAGGCGUUCGAUUUAGAAAUGCCGGAAGAACAGCCACCACCCGAUACUCAUCUCUCCGUCACACGAACUUACCUCUCCACCACCCGACAUACCUCACCACCCAACACUCCCCUCACCAAUUCCUCGCCCGAUGGUUCUGGAGUGGGUAGAGAUGCAAAGAGUAGGGGUAUACAAAUUUCAGGAUUUGACCAAUUUGACCAGCCAGAUCCAUUGGGAUGCACCAAAGCUGAUUGUGGAAAAAGCAGCACACCCAAAAAGACUAAAUCACGUGAAGCAUACAGCACAUACCUCAUGGGGAUUUCCCUGGUGAGCAACAUCCUUUUGCAAGAGACAUCACGACAAGCCAGUCUUUCUACGGCAGAGAGAACCCGUCUGAUCACUUUUCUCCAACAAAGCACUGAUCGAGUUGCUCAGCUAUCUCUAAAAGUUCAUGAUGACAAAAGUGCACCUAAAUCACAGGUGGCUACCUCUAAACAAAGUAUCCUCAUGACUGCUAGGAAGCUCAAAAAAAGUCUGCCAGCAGUAUGUCGACAAAACAGCCCUCUAGAGCAGAUGAAGAGUGAAAAUCGCCAACUUGUUGCACUUUAUACCAAUCGCAUGAAGAAGCUCCCACCUCAGGCUCAGAGAGAGCUAUCACUUGAGCUACAGAGGAAAUUGACUGAAAACCUAUCCCUUGCUAAGCAAAAGCAAGCAAGAUGGGAGAAACAAGAAGCAGAUUUAGUGCAGCAAGCAUUCCACAAAGCAGAAAGGGAGUUCCAGGAAGAGCCUGAGAAAGAAGAAAAGAAUGUAUUGUAUGUGGCUAUUGCUCGGUAUGAGCGUGGAUGUGAGUCAAGCAAUGUAGGGGAUUGGAAGAGUGUUUUCAGAGAUCCCUGUCACCCUGUCAAAGUCUACCUGGAUGAGAAGCAACAUACAAUAGAUGAACUGAUCUAUGACCUGCUACAAAAGCCUGAAGUCAGAUCAGAGACAAACCAGGAAACAACAGAGUCUAUUAAAGAGUUCCUUAGUCUGGGAGAUGACAGUGUGGAAUCAAGCAGUGAAUGUAAGUCCCUUACAGAGGCAUCAGAAAACCUCAUGAAAGAUAUCGAAGAAGCAAUUGUCACUGGGGAGAACCAAAUUGAUGUACUGAGAAAGGAACUGUGUCACUCCUUGGCUACUGAGGAUAACAAGGAUGAAUCUGGAAAUACUGCUGUGUUACAGAAAAGGGCACUGAGAAGGCAUUUAGAGUUCAUCAAUACUGAUAUCCUGUGCCAUGUGUCAGUUGCUUCCUGUGUUUUGCAAGCAUAUUACAAGGUUCCCUCAGAGGACUUUAGUGUACAUGAAAAUCUCAUGGAACACUUCCUGUCCUCUAUCAAUCAGCCCUUGCUACAACUCUACAGGAGGGCUAACAGGAGUGAGGAAGAGAGACUGGCAUUGAAAAUGAGACAGCUGGCAAAAGGAAAGGCACCUGAUGAUACAGUGAAUUCCCUGAGUCAGCACCUGAAGGCAAUGGUGUGUGCCACCUCCCUGAGAGCACAGAAAGAAGCAGAGUAUAGUACACAAGUUCUUCGUACGAGACGACCUUGUUUUCUGGAAGCCAUACAGAACGUUAAGGGGCGGAUGAGUUGUUACCCAUCCUGACAGAUGCUGCCAUCUGCAGUCAGUUAUCUCAACUAUAUUCCCUACUUGCUCUACUCAUGGAUUAUCUUGAUGAUGGGAUGGGGUUAAUUUCCUAUGCUUUGGCUACUUUUGAGACAGUUCUUCAAUGCAUAUUUCACGACAACUCAUAGUUUUUAUUGCAAUAAAUCAGUCUAUUUUCUUCACAAUACAA